AUGGUGCCCGAUAGGUCGUCUUCUUUGUCCUCGGUGACCUCAAUUUUAACUUCUCACUCGUCAGUGCCGGUAUUUAAUGAAUCAAGGGUAUUCAAUAACAUGUCAUCUUCACAAAUGACCCCGUCAGGACCAGUUGGGAUAUCUACGAACAUUUUGUCACCAUCAGCUAUUGAAAUGACAUCGAUUCAUUUAAAUCUAAGUACAUUUCUAUCAUCAGUUUUACAAACACCAAGUGAUAUUUCAUCAUCGAAUUCUACUAUAAUGAUCUUCCAAACAAGUGUGGUUCAGAUGUCAUCAACUGGAAGUUUACAGUCAAUUAAUGCAACACCAACGAUGUUUACGUCAAGUAUGACGUCAUCAACACAUCAAUCAAUGCCCUCUUCUAUUACUUUGCCGACCACUUCUGACGUCACAACUCCAGUUAUUGCAAGCGGUACGACGACGCCAGCAUUAAAUACAACACGUACGCUUUCAGUAUCUAUGACGCCUUCAGUUGUUGAAAAUAUGACGUCAUCCAGUAUAACAUCAGACACCGUCAUAUUAACGAACGUGACAAUGACAAUGUCUGUUAAUAUGACCAGCACGAUAUCGCCUAACUCCACGGAGGUGAUGUCUACAUCAAUGGCCCCAGUGACUACUGUACCCACUACUACCCCGACGACCACCACCGCCACCACCACAGAACCUCCCGCAACCACCAAUUCUUUUAUGGCCACCUACUGGACAGUAACAGAUGUUAACGUCCCUGUAUCGACGAAUGUGAGCGGGGAAGAUUUCAUAAACAGAAUGGAAACAGGACUUGCAAAUCUGUACGUUACAGCUUAUUCAAGGAAACGCGAUAUUGAUGCUGGUUCCUUCGACAACAACCGAAGACGACGUGCUGUUACAAAAGGCGAUAUCACAGUCACAAUGCAGGAUGUAACACGUGACCAGACUGACCCAGAAAAUGUCUCAAUGAUGUAUACAGUAGACAAAGCAGAAGUGCCUGUCCCGUCGGCAGCCAACGCCGAAACAAUCAACUUGGUCAGUGAUCAAGAAAUGGCAAUAGAGUUACAAUACGUUGUCACAAAGAAAGCAAAACCAUUAAACUGGGUCGAACCGGUAACAACAACAACGACAACAGAGGCGAUGUCUCCUCCUGCGUCAAAUAAUACCCAGACAUGGAUCAUUGCUGUCGUCGCCGCCGGUGUUACCAUUCUCAUUGUCAUCGCAAUUGUGGGGCUGUGUAUUGCCACCAAGAAGAAGAAAUCAGGUGUAGAUGAGGAAGCCGAACCAAAAUUGAUGAACCUUAAGAACGCUCCAUUGGAUGACGACGAGGAGGAUAUCGGCAGCAGUGGAGGACGUAGUCAUUCAAAAUACUCAAGUAUGGCGGACAGAGAAAGUUCGUCCAACCUGAAAGUUCAGUCACCAAAGAAGCAGUCAUACGAAAUCACAUCUGUAAGGAGUAAGGAGGAGGAUGAACAUCUUUACGCCGAGGUCAAGAAACCAAAGAAGCCUGACUUGGCUUCAAGGAUUGGAAAAUCUAAAGGAUCUCAAGAUGGCUUGGAGACAGAGGACAUAGCAGAGGAUGCUGAAUUGAUAAAAUCCCCUAAAAAGAAAAAGGGAGAAAAAGGGAAACGGAGAAAUAAACGAAAAGACGGAGAACUGGAAGACGAGGAAAAAGAAGUGAUUACUAAAACAGUACACCCAGCUAACCUUUUAGUUCCCCAGUCAGAGCCUUUUGCUGAAAACGCAUAUUACUCUGCAGAGGAAGAAGACGAACUUAAAAAACGAAAAGCUGCAGAGCGAAAGAAAAACAAACAACGAAUUAGAGAAAAGAAGAAGAAAGAAAAACGGCAAGAUAAAAGCGCAGAUCAGUUGAUGGUAGAAUAUCUAGCUGCACAGGAGGAGAUAGACUCAGUACUAGAGGCACCCCCCAAUAAUGAAGAACUCCCAGAUGUGUUCAUCCACAAGAAAAAGAAAGAGCCUACUAAGAGUACGCUGCAAGGACAUGAUAAUAUGGCGUUAUCGGCAGAAGAGUCCCUUAACGUAGCGCGUAGCAGGAUGCAUGAACUCUUAGAUGACGCUUUCUCAUUGAUAUCUCCAUCCGCCGCCAGUAUCACUCAAAAUCAACCACCAGAAGAUGAAGGUUUUCAUUCUCCGAGAACUCAGAGUCCAAGGUCACCAAGGUCACAAUUGAUGUUAUUGAACCAAAGGAAUUUGAACAAAGUAUACCCUGCUGAUGUCGACGCUAUUCCUAUAGGGAACAAUCGCGAGGAUUUGGAGUUAUACGGGUCAGAGGUCAUACUUGUUGACUCGAGAGCUCCAUCACCUUAUUCUGGGCAUGACAUAUUUCUCGCCCGAUCAUCGUCACCGGUUUCUAGCUCUGAAUCCAUCUCCGUACCGGAAGACACUACUUCCACAGGAUCCUACGAUGUUCGGGGUUCAAGUACUACGAAGCAUAGCCCAUUGAAAAUGGAGUCUUACAAAGGUGAACCAAUACUACAGACAUGGAGUCCAUACCGUGCGGCUGACCAGGUUGCUCUAAUAUCCAUGCCAAAUAAGAUGCAAACAACCAUUGGCAGAACACCAAGCGGUCGAACUAAACGCCCUGCAGCUGAUUUAGUAGGUAAAAAAUCCAAAGACAGUGUUCCUAAACCAGCAUUCCUUAAGUCUAGAGAUUUAAUAUCUAGCAAAGGAAGUACUGUAGAUCUCUCCUCAACAAAAUCCCAAAAUGGUGACGUCGCCAAUAGGACAAGUAAAAGUAAAUCUGUUUCAUCUGAAAACACAGACGAACAAGAAGGGGAGACAACUGAGGUUUUACAGUCAAACGAUCAAUUUGAAGACUCAAAAAUAAGUAAUGAAAACGCAAUGUUACCAUCAAUAAGAGAGAGGAAAUUGGCAAAAGCGGCAAAGAAACGUGCAAAAAAUGGAGGAGGAGGUGGGAUUGAAAUGAAACUUUUGAACGGAAAGGUAGGACAAAAGCAUAAAGAGCCGUUCAAAACUGUGCCAAAUGGUGAAGAUGAGAUGGACAUCGUUACUAGGAGUGUUCAAAGUGCUGUGACGCCCGCUUCUACUGUUAAUUCUAUCAGGAACGAGAUCAAGUCAGGUAUACCAGACAAAAAUGUAGUGACAAGUUUUAGUGGACCUGGACGGAACAGUAGAGCCUCAGGUUCAUUAGUAGAUAUAGCAUAA